AUGCUUGAAAAGAAUGAAAAGUGGGGAUAUGAAGAAUUAUUUGCCUUAAAGAGUUCAACAGCCUAUAUAAAAGGUACGCAUAUGACAUUUGUAGGGCGGCUCAGAGUUGCCGCUGCAGUUGGUACUGGUAAAAAAGAUGGUAUAGAAAGAUGUGAAACUAUGGUCAGAGAAGAGACUGCCGUAAUUAAUGUUGAUGCAGGUGUUGAUGCAAUGAAGAUUAGAAUGGAACCUAGAUCAACAUGCACAACAAGUAGUGGGUCAUCAGUUCGUCUUGGCAUGGGCGACUUCAUUUUCAUUAGUUUGCUGGUAGAUAAAAGCCUCCGCGACACGUAG